AAAAAUCCCUUUUCAAAAUACAAAAAAUAUGAAAAAUGUUUGUAUUUUAUUAAUAAUGUAAGUGAUUAUUUAACUAAAUAUUUAAACAGUUUAGUCAAUACGGCUGCUGACUUUUUACACAUUUUUCCGUAAUGUAUACUUUAAACCACAAAAAAUGUUUAAACAAUCAUUUAAAUAUUAUAAGUCGAAAAAUCCACCACCCAAUUUGGAUGAUGUUCUCAAUUUAAAUAAGUCUGAGGAAUUAUUAGCAAAAUCCCUAAUAAAGUAUGUUGACGUACAUUUUAAUACGAAGGAAGGGUCUCAUUAUGGUUUAAGAAAACCCAGUGAAUGGGAAGCAUAUGAAAUCGUAUCCAAAAGAGGCUUAAUUUUCAUCAAAAAUCCAUUUCUGCCAAGUGGUCAAAGGUAUUGGAUUAAAAAAAGUCUUCAAGAAUACUCCAAAAAACCAAAUAAACUAAACAUUGACCCCUUUAAUACCUUGACAAAUAAUACAGACUGGUGGGAUGUUGGCCAAGCAGAUAAGAAAAUUUUGAUGAGUCUGCGAUGGGCUACUCUUGGUUAUCAUCACAAUUGGGAUUCCAAAAUAUAUUCAGAACAAAACAAAUCAGAAUUUCCUAUAGAUUUAAAAGAUAUGACUGAAUAUGUAUCCAGUAAGCUAGGAUUUUUAAACUUCACUGCAGAAGCAGCAAUUGUUAAUUAUUAUCAUCUUGAUUCAACACUUUCUGGUCAUACUGAUCAUUCCGAGCAAAAUUUAGAAGCUCCAUUGUUUUCCUUUAGUUUUGGACAAAGCGCAAUAUUUUUACUUGGAGGGGAAACCUUAGACGAGAAACCCACUGCCAUAUUUUUGCAUAGUGGAGACAUUGUUAUAAUGAGCAAAGAUUCAAGGUUAUGCUAUCAUGGAGUUCCAAAAAUAAUGAAAACUAACAAUGAAACAUGGAAUGAGGAUAGUGAGUAUGUCUUAGCUAAUGAAGACUUUUUAGUGCCUAAAGAUAUUUUGUGGAGGCCUUUUGGUAGUUAUUUAAAUCAUUCAAGAAUUAAUAUUAACGCCAGGCAGGUUUUAGAUGUUGGUCAGUUAAAGCUAUUAAACACAGAAUAGAUGUGUACAAAAAUUUUACAAAAAUAAAAUAUUUAUAUCUUU